UCUCAAAGUACGUCUCAACCACAAGAGAAACAGAGACGAUAGAUAACCUUCCCGCUUCCAUUCAAUUCAACUCAUCCAUCGAUUCAGCCAAAGAAAAUCUAAACCCAAGAAAAAAAAAGCUAUGAUCUUGUUGAAACCCAAUUACAACCGCCAUCCGCCAUUUUCUCCCUUUUCGGGUUCUUAUAAUCUCCAAACCUCCAGGGCAAGGCAAGUCGGAUUCCCGCCGGCAAGCAGCAGAAGGCGGCCGACGGCGACAAAAUGCGGCGGAGGAGGAGGAGCGGAGGAGGAGAAGCCGCGGCGAAGCUUCUUGAGCCUGGAGGAAGCUGGGCUGGUGGAAAUUUCAGGGCUCAGCUCCCACGAGAGAUUCCUCUGCCGUUUAACGAUAUCUUCGUUGAACCUUCUGAAAGUGAUGUCGGAGCAGGAAGGGUGCGCCAUUGAGGAGCUAAAUGCAGGGAAGGUAUGCGACUGGUUCUUGAAGGACAAGCUGAAACGAGAACAGAGCUUGGAUUCUGCUGUCCUUCAAUGGGACGACUCUGAGUUUCCAAUUUGACCUCAUACCUUUAUUUUUCUUGUAUGUUCAUUACUUUACUUUGUUGCCAUUGGUCACUUGUUUCUCUAACCAGUGCAUCGAUACACACCUCAAAUCAGAUUUAGGGGUCGUUUAGAUGGGUUAAUUGUCAAUGUGGUAUUUGUAGAGUCAGAUAACUCAUUUAUUGUUCACGUGGAAUUUCAGUGGUAAUUGAAAUAAAGUAUCUCGUUUUGGAUGAACUAUGCAAAUGUGGUAUUUGGUAAAACUAGAGUGGUAAAACGAGUUAUUUCGAAAUAACACAUGAGUAUGAGUUAUUUCAAAUAACCUAUUUCGAGUUAUUUGUAAAUAACUCACUGUCCAAAUAACUCAUUUCAGUAAAACGCAGUCAAACGA